CUUUAUUUUCCAAUCGGAGCAGAAUUUGCGACAGACGCAAACAAUUACGUAGAAAAAGAGCAGCAUUGACUCACUUUUUUAAAAUGGCAGCGAAGACGAGCGGUCUGGUCUUGUUCUUUUUUCUCCUCCGAGAAACAGUAGCAGUUCGACGYAUCAACAUUCCCAAGCCCGACAUUUCGGUGCGUUUCCAAUUCACUGACGUCGUAAAACCUAUAGAAAGACCUAUAGAAAGUUCCUUGUGCUGACAAUUUUACGCAAGUGAUUCGUGUUUUUCUUUCCCGUCGUAUUUACCGUCUACCCUGUUUUUUGUUCGUUCCUUGUUUUUCGUCUGGUGUUUGCUGAAAAUGUUUUCGACGCAAAAUACUACUUAAUUCUCAGAUCGGUCUGAAUCUCGAUCACGAUACAACAACUGGAACCUUCGGUGCUGCAGCACCUCGCGUGAUAUGGAACACCGAAGAGAUUUCAAUCGGAGGUUGGUUUGACCUGCAGGUGAGAAAUGACAAGRUUACGAACUCUAUUUWURAGAAGACGGGCCGGGCCUUUUUUGAACAGAUGAAGAAAAUUUGACGGAUGAAAGACUUCUUGUCAUUCGAUUUUCAUUUUUGCUCAGGUUAAGAACGACUUGCAAUUACUAUUGUCCAAAACUCAAUUCUGAUUCAUACAUAUGGCGCACAUCGCUAUUCUUUUUUUAAACUACCAUACGUAUCAAUAGGGAGGCAUCGACUCAACAUUGACGGCCAUCAAUAGAGCUCCUGAGACCUAUGUCUGGAGCGAAGUAAAACGCAUGAACAAGGCUASUGCGAUUGCACUCCGCGGUGACAUUAAUGCAAAUGAGCAAGAUGUGAUCGAUUUGGAUCUUCGUGUAAAUGCAAAUUCACUUCGUAACCAUGCCGUGGGUCUUCGGAUGCUAGGAUCMGCUGGUAUGUACCAUUCCAAUCAUAUUUGCUUCGAUACACAUGUAGAGGAAUGUUUCUAAGGUUUGAGAUAAAUAUGCGGGGAURKAAUAUCGGUUUUAAAAGACAAUGCUGAUACCAUAUGCARCAUACAAAUCGGAUCGAAACCAUCGUUUUCGUUACUCGAUGCAUACAAAUUUGGAGGAUACAAAAAAUACAUCCCUCACAUGCGUCCACAUUUCAACGAAUUUUCUUACGAUCCUUACUCGCUCAGAUUUGCAUUCUAAAUCCGUUGCUCUYGAUACAGUAAUGGCCAGCACGAGCAUCGAGGARCCAUUCGGUAUGCCCGGAAGUAUCAAGAUAAAUCCACUAUACGAUCUGCAAAGCAAGGUUCCCGACGCGACGGUCGGAUAUUCGCUCCGAAACACCUCCAUCAAGCUGGACGCUCGACAACGUAAAUUCACCCUCUCUCAGGUGUUUGGCAAAGAACGCCGGAACCAAAUAGUUCCAAUUCUGACAGCAAAAGCCAAGAACAUCAAAGAUGGAUUCAACCUUUCGUACUCUCGCCAUCUCGGACGUGGCACCAACAUUGACACAGUGACUACUAYUUGGAAUCCCAAUGAUUCGAUUGCCGUGAAGUGGACCGAUGGCAAUUGGGYUGCAACGGUCCGCGCACCCUUGGAAGGAUGGUUCGGAUACAACGGCAGUGGUAUAAAAUUCAGCAUGAAACAAAGCGUAGGUGUAUCGCUAUAUUGAUUGUCGAGGUUUUUGCUGUGGAUGAUGGAGGUCAAAUACAAUUAAAUUGAAGUUUGUCCCGUUAUAUUGGAGAUAAAGUACGGAACAGUUCACGAAUACUAGCAAAUGAAGAAGUUUUGACCAUGCUUAAAAUCUGGUUUCAAGUCAAAGCUUUGAUUUGGAUUAGAGGUUUUGUUUGUAACAGCACCCUUUUGAAUCUAGUUCUAUUGGUCUAUAUUGUAUUWGUACCUACUUUCUGAGUUUGGUGAGRUCAAAUCUGCACGCUAGGUAGUURUAGCAAUCAUAAAAUAGCUAAAAGGAA